AUGAGCGCCAACCCUUGAUGGGACAUCGGCAGGGCGCUGGGGGUGGCCAAGCUCUUUCACCCGCUGUGCGAGGUCCGGGAAACCUGCGUGACCCCGUUCCUGACCCUCUACCUGAGGCAGCUGGGCUUGGCGGCGCCCUGGGUGUGCAUCCUAAUGAGAACCAAGCACCUGAUCGCUACCUUCUGGGCUCCCAUCUGUGCCGUCCCAGCCAAAAGCUACCGGAAAUGGAGGACACUUCUGAUCGGCUCCCUGCUGGGCGGGGUGGGGGCCAGCCUGCUGAUGGUCCUGGUUCCACUGGCAGACAGAAAAUGGGUGCACCUCCCUUGUAAUGGAAGCAGCAGCGUGACCAGCACAGGUGCACUACUGGGGGUCACACUACCUGUGAACAUCACCUCAGCCCAAGAGCCUGCCUCUAGCCACCCAGCCAAGAGGACUGGAGAGGUGGAGGUGCCUAGCUUCAGAAAGCCACCUAGUAAAAGUGACCAAGAAACUUUUGGUGCUCUUCACAGCUACUUAGCACUCUCUGUAGAAGAAGCUAGGACCACAUCCCAAGUUCUCCUCCAUCCUGACACUUCAGGGCUGAAAGGUCAUCCCUGGGAAGUUACUUUUGAGGUGGUCAAGACUGCCCUCCCCUUGCUUCCUGCUGGAAAAGGGCCCAGAAAUCCAGCCAAUUUGUCAGGGACCCAAGGGAAACCCUGGGCUUUUGACUUGUCCUUGGAAGGUUUGCGGUGGACUUUCAUCCUCUCCUUGGGGUCCAUGGCGUUCUGGGAGCUGCUGACAGCACCUCUGGUGCAGGUGGCAGAUGACAGCCUUUAUGAGUACCUGGAUUUUGUUGAUGCCACUGACCAAUAUAGAAGCUUGUCGGUCUGGAGGUUGCUGGGCAUGUCGGCAGGCAUGUGUGGCAUCGUAGCCUUGGUGGGGCAGCUGGACUGCUUCCUGAUGACCAGUGGCCCCCGGGGUGUGGUCGACUUCUAUGGCUACUCGGUGGUCAGCAUCCUGGCCUUAUUGGUGAGCAUUGCCUUUCCCAUUCCCAUCUAUCAGCCGUGGGAGCCCAGCUACAAAAGCGCCAAAGCACUGUCUAUUGUGGGGGGCAACCCCCACCUCAUUCUCCUUGCCUCCACCAUUGUUUUGAUAGGAGCCAUCAUCAGUACUGUCCAGAACUUUCUGUUCUGGCACAUGAAGGACCAUGGGAGCAGCGAACUAGUCACGGGUUUCUCGGUUGCCCUCAGCUUGGUGGGGGAAAUUCUGCUUCAUCUGUUCAAAAAGACAUUGCUUAGGAAACUGUCCAGGGCAGGCCUGGUGGGGCUGGGGCUGGGCUGCCUCUCUGGGCAGCUGCUCUACUACUCUUUCCUCUAGAGCUGGUGGUCUGUCCUCCCUGUCCAAAUCUUGAGUGCCAUUAGCAACGGGGCUCUGUGGUGGGCUGUGGAGGCCUCAGUAGAGGACCUAACCACUCCCCGCAUAGAGAGGGCUCUGAGUGCCUUGUUGCAAGGCCACUUUUAUGGGAGUGGCUGUAGCCUGGGCAGCUUUGUUGGGGGCUUCGUGGUGAUGCGCUUCAGCCUGGCUGUGCUCUUCCAGGCCUGCUGUGUGGUCCUGUUGCUCUGGUUGGCCUUUUUCCUGUCCAUACAGCAGAGGCUGCCCCACGAGUGGAAAAUCAAGUACUCAAAGCUGCUGUCUAUGGAGCUGAGUGACACCAGUGAUGAGCAGGGGACAGAACGGGACUGGCUUGUGAAGGCCAUGAGGGAAGAACCAGACAGAAAGGGCUGAGAAAUCCAGAGUGUUAUGAUCUAGGAAGGAACAAGGGGACUGAACAAAGCUCAGUCUGCCAAGGACAGAAACCUGCCCUGGACUACAGGGAGCCUUGGGGAAGAAAGGGGAGGGUGUCUAUGCUGAAGGCCCAACAGGAUCGUCUCAUUGCAUGAUUUUCCUUACUUCUGCAGUAAAAGGAGAUUUAACGUUUUGCCAUUCAAUCUUUUUUUUAAAUAAUGGAGGAAGUAUACAUUUGCUUUGAAAAACUUUCCCUUUGUAGUCACUAUAUUUUGAUGUGUAAGGUUUGCAAGAGUCCUGACUCAGGUGCUGUUGGAUUCAGCAGUGGUGGAAGGGAUCAAACUGUUAGUGACAGGAAGACCAUGGGGACCUGCAGGAUUCAGUUGGCAGAGAGGGCAGCUGAUGUGGGUGAAUCACGGCAUUCCUAUGAGUCAUAAAUGCAUUCACCUACUCCUAAAAAAAGCCAUGCUGUGGGCAGAUAAGAAUGGUCAAGAAAACAAACUCCUUUCUGUCCCAACUGAUAUAAAAGUGCCCACACUCACACUCAAGUACUUCCAACAGGAGAAAAUAAUGGGAAAUGUUUAUGUGUCGGGGAGAAGGGAGUGGGAGGUUAAUAGGUUUCAUUCUUACCUUCACACAAAUGUGUGUCCCACUUAGAAUCAUCGUCCACAUUUACAUCAGAGCAAGGGCAAUUUCAUGUCUUUUGAACUCACAUUUUGCAUGCCCCACCUCAUAAGAGCAUAUGAAGAUUUUUUUUUCUUUUUUCUUUCUUUUUUUUUUUUAAGAGACAGUCUUUCUCUGUUGCCCAGGCUGGAGUGCAGUGGUGCAAUCUUGGCUCACUGCAACCUCUGCCUCCCGGGUUCAAGCAAUUCUCCGCCUCAGCCUCCCAAGUAGCUGGGAUUACAGGCACCCACCACCACACCUGGCUAAUUUUUGUAUUUUUAGUAGAGACGGGGUUUCACCAUGUUGGCCAGGAUGGUCUCCAUCUCCUGACCUCGUGAUCCACCCACCUUGGCCUCCCAAAGUGCUGGGAUUACAGAUGUGAGCCACCGCGCCCAGCCUAAGAUUUUAACACCUGAUUUUAUUGAGGUGCAGACGUCUCCAUAGGUAAGGAUGCUAUAGGUUCUCCACACUGUGGAGGCACUUGGUGGGAUUUUGGGAGUGACAGACUAGUGCUACUGCCUUCCCAAAUUCCCCCAGGGAAGGGCCUGAAAUAAAGGACCCUUUAUUCCAAAGGCCAGUCCCCAAGGGCCCAGUCGGUCUACCUAAUCAUCAGUUUAAAAUAAGGUAUUGAAUUUAAAAGAAGCCUCACUGCAUAAAUGCAGAAAAUGUCUCAUAGCCAGAGAAGGUGAAGCAGAUACAUGAACGUCCACAGGGUCAGACAUGGUACUAGGAGCUUUGUUUUUUUUAAUUCUCCCUAAGAAGCUUUAGGAUACAAAUAAUCAACAAAAAACUACCUCCGCCUUAAACAAUUAGAGAUUUGUCUCAUAUAUAUAAGACAUUUGGGGUGGGCAGCCCAGAGGUGGUGCCUGCCACUGCUGGAUGACACCACUGGGGAUCUAGAAUCUUUUCAUCUCCUCACACUGUCAUACUCAGCCUGUAGGCAACCCUCCCAGAUUUGUACUCUCAUCGGAACAAGAUAGCUGCUGCUCCUCCACACCUUUCAUCCAUGUUCCAGGCAGUAAGAAAAGGGAAAGACAAGAGGGCAAAAAGAAACAGGAACAAGUGUCUAUAUCAAGAAAAUAGGCUGUGUGGUGGCUCAUGCCUAUAAUCCCAGCACUUUGGGAGGCCGAGGCAGUCAGAUUGCUUGAGCCCAGGAGUCCAGCCUGGGAAACAUGGUGAGACCUUGUCUCUACCCAAAAAAAAAAAAAA